GGGUCGCUGAAUCUCAUUUUCCAGAAAAGAAAUUUAUUGGUUGUUUUGAUUUUUAUUCUGUGGAGGUUUUGGGUUUUUCUUCCAAUCGGAAAUGGCUACCGCAACGUUGUCUUCCUCUUCUUCUUCUUCUUCCGGCACCGUUGUCAGUGACAGAAGAGGAAUUCCGGCGGCUCAGUUCGUGGAGGACGUUCGUAUCUAUCUCUCUAAUUUAGGCCUCGAUGUUCAAUCCGCCCUUGCUUUUCUCCAGGAGCGACUUCAGCAAUACAAGUUAGUUGAGAUGAAACUCCUUGCUCAACAAAGGGACCUGCAGGCAAAGAUUCCAGACAUAAAGAAGUGUUUGGGUAUAGUUGCUACUUUACAAGCAAAGAAGGACGCAGCCACUGGUGAGCCACUUGUAGCAGAUUUUGAGAUCUCUGAGGGCAUAUAUUCCCGGGCUCGCAUUGAGGAAACUGAGUCAGUUUGUUUAUGGCUUGGUGCAAAUGUCAUGCUGGACUAUUCAUGUGAAGAGGCCACAGCCCUCCUACAGACGAACCUGGAUAAUGCUAAAGCGAGCUUAGAAGUUCUUGUUGCUGAUCUACAGUUUUUGAGGGACCAGGUGACAAUAACACAGGUGACGAUAGCCCGUGUUUACAAUUGGGAUGUUCAUCAGCGUCGAGUUCAGCUAGCUGGCACCAGUGUAGAAAGCUCGUAAGUUUUUUUCGAGCCCUCAUAUUUCAUUGUUGGUGGAGAAUCCAUUUCUUGAUUGGCAGUACCGUCCUGAUCCAUACAUACCUUCUGAAUUAGGCCAUUCAAAAUUUUCCUUUAUUGUCAUUAUCAAAAAAAUGAACUUUUUUAUUUAUGGGUUCUGAUCGCAUCUACACUUUCAAAAGUGAUGCUUAUAUCUAGGAUGAGAUUCGUUAUGAAAUUAGGUAGCUUUUGUGUGCCUGUUCUGUUACAUUUGUUAGAUUCUGCUGCUGUAAGUUUCGGGUUGAUGGUCGUCGGGUCGUCAUCCCGGUUACGUUACUUGGUUGAGGGUGUAUUUGCUUUGAGAAUCCCAUCUUUAUAACUUUAUGUAUUUGCUUUCAAAAUCGCUUUCGAGUGGUUUUAGGUUUGUAUGGGUUUAGUCUUCCGUGAAAGUAAAAGGAAAAGGGGAAAUGAAUUCAAACAAGUUUUUA